AUGUUACCCAGCCAGGCCGGGAACGGCGCUGCCGCCUUGGCCCGGAGCGCGGUCAUGGGCAUGGCGCGAACCUCCUCCGGGCGGCCAGGUGUCGGGCUUCCCCGCGGGGCGAACGGCGGCGGCGCUGCUGCUGCAGGAGUGCGCGGGCCCGGCAACGGGACGGGCCCUCCCAGCGGCCAGGGGACGAUCGGCGGUCGCUUCGACCGAGACCGGGAUGUAAGCGCGGCGGUGGCGGCCAGCGGCAGCGAAGGCGAUUCGGACUCGGCCGAAGAUGAGGAGUUGGUGGGCGAGCGCCGCGGCAUCAAGCGGACUUUGGGGGACAUGGAACUAGGGGUGGGGGGUACGGAGGCGGCGGCCGCGGCGGCAGCGACCGGGGCUUACGGCGGGGUGAGCGGGGCUGUGAGCGGCGCCAAGCCCGGCAAGAAGACCCGCGGCCGGGUCAAGAUCAAGAUGGAAUUUAUCGACAACAAGCUGCGACGCUACACCACCUUCAGCAAGAGGAAGACUGGCAUCAUGAAGAAGGCCUAUGAACUUUCCACCCUUACGGGCACUCAAGUGUUGCUACUUGUGGCCAGUGAGACAGGCCACGUCUAUACUUUCGCCACACGGAAACUGCAGCCAAUGAUCACCAGCGAGACGGGCAAGGCACUGAUCCAGACAUGCUUGAAUUCUCCUGACUCCCCUCCUCGGUCGGACCCAACCAGCGAUCAGCGCAUGAGUGCUACGGGCUUUGAGGAAACGGACCUUACGUAUCAGGUGUCUGAGUCGGACAGCAGCGGAGAAACAAAGGACUCACUGAAGCCAGCAUUCACUGUCACCAACCUUCCAGGGACGACGUCCACCAUCCAGACAGCACCCACAACAUCCACAUCCAUGCAGGUCAGCAGUGGGCCCUCGUUCCCCAUUACUAACUACUUAGCACCAGUCUCUGCCAGUGUCAGCCCCAGUACAGUCACCAGUGCCAACGGAACAGUGCUGAAAACCACUGGAACCAGCGCAGUGGCCUCUGGAGGACUCAUGCAGAUACCUACCGGCUUUACCCUCAUGUCAGGUGGUGCAGUGGCUCAACAGGUUCCUGUGCAAGCCAUCCAGGUGCAUCAGGCCCCCCAGCAAACGUCUCCUACAAGCGACAACAGCACUGACAUCACACAGACCUCUUCCAGUGGGACAGUGACCCUGCCAGCUACAAUCAUGACUUCAUCUGUGCCAACCACUGUGGGAGGCCAUAUGAUGUACCCCAGUUCUCAUGCAGUGAUGUAUGCUCCUACAUCGGGCCUCACAGAUGGUGGCCUUGCGGUUCUCAAUGCCUUCUCCCAGGCCCCAUCAGCAAUGCAGGUUUCACAUGGGCAAGUCCAGGAUCAGGGUGGAGUCCCUCAGGUAUUCCUGACAGCUCCGUCAGGAACAGUUCAGAUCCCAGUCUCAGCUGUUCAGCUUCACCAGAUGGCUGUCAUUGGUCAGCAGAGCAGCAGCACUGCCAACUUGACAGAGCUGCAAGUGGUCAACUUGGAGGCAUCACACAGUUCCAAGAGUGACUGAGCAACUUUGGGAGGGACCUGGUGAGGGGAAGGGAAGACGUGUGUACCCAGCACCCGAACAUGAACCAGCAGAUGCCACCACCGCCUCCUCCAGCUUUAUGCUGCAUCUGGCCCUGGAUCUAUGGCACUCCUCAAGCUGCACGAGGAUCUCGGCAGUCCCUAUUUUUGUAUGGACUCCAUCACUUAUUUAUUGUUGCCUUUUACACGUUUUCUUCUCACACUUUACACUGACACCCCCAUCCACAAAAGCACCCACAGAAGUACAUAGAUGCAUAUUAAAAGUGGCUUCAGGGCCAGCAGCAGGAAGCUGAGCCUGGGCUGUAGGGGGACUUUGUUACACUGCAUUUACUGUUCUUUUUUUGGUUUUUUGUUUUCCUUCUUGUUCCAGCCAAAGAAAUUUUCUCUCCUGAGUGGGAGAAUUUGCUCUGCCAUGUAUAAAAUCUUCCCUCUGUUUUCAUUGCCAGGGAGGGAACUUUUCUCUCUCUUUGCCUUGCUGCUUCUGAUACAUAAUAAUGUCCUUGAAUGUCCUUAGUUUGUAACCUCUAGGCAGAGCAAUUGAGGCUGUGGGAAGAAGCUGCAGUCCAGAAGGGUGCGAAGCCAUUCUGAAAAAAAGGUAGUUUUUCUUCAGGCAUAGCCGUUAUCCACACACACACACACACACACACACACACACACACACACACACACACACACACACACACACCUGGGACAGUCACCACUUUGCCCUCCCCCAUUCCAGUUCAGGUCACUUCCUGGCUGCAGCUUUGUGCCUUCAAGCAACCCAUGAUGCGUUGUGGGUUGGCUUGCCAUUAUUCUUGGCUGGCAAAGAGAGGGUUCUUCCUGUUGGCAUUCCAGCUGGAGCAACUGAGCAUCUUGGAUUUCCUUUUACCCUUAAAGUAUCCCUCCCUUGGAAUCUCUUUUUUUAUUGCAUAGGAACUGACUUGGAGCAGCUUCUUGCCCAUUUAGUCUGGCUGUACACACAUCUGACAGCCCAAACAAGAAUUGUUUACCCAUCUCCCUUUUUUCUUGGAAACACACUCAACAACUCAUAAGCCCAGUAGCAGACUUUCAUUUUGUGUAAUGCUUGAGUUUUGCUGAAUUUUUUUCUUUCUUCCUGAGACGGAAGAGCUACAGUCAUGUUAUAAUAAUAAUUAUUAUUAUUAUUUUAAUUUUGGAAGGUAUAAAGCAGCCUUCCCCACUGGUGCUCUCCAAGAUGUGUUGGGUUCCAAACUCCAUAUCCACUAGCUUUUGGCAAUGCUGGGAAUUGUCGACUAAAAGAUUGGAAAAGGUUGAUGAAGGCUAGUGCUAAGGAAUGACGUUGGAAACAAAUAAGGGUCGUUUAAAGAAAAAAAGUAUUUAAACUUAACUCAGCAGGCUUUCCCAAGGCAAUUGCACCCAUGAAUGAACUAUAACCAGUCUGGGAUACAAUAAUGUAACAUAGCCUAUGACAUUUGUUUGCUUCUCAGAUAGCCCUGAAAUGAGAUGGUAUGUUGCGCCACCAUCAUGAAGCAUGUUUGGCCUGCACCUGCGAGACCUACAGCCUGGGAGUGGGUAGAUGGGAUGGGGCAAGCUUAACCCUAGAGUAUUUGUGAUAAAGGUUCUUCUCAUUUGUUUGUGAAGCCACUGCUGUGUCCACGUUCUUUAGAUAAAAAAUUAUGAUGCUUCAAACAGGUUCUGGAAUGAAUAAAUAUUGUAACACAUUUAAGAGGGGAAGCUGCAGGACUGGUGUAAUGGAGAAUGGAAAGAGAUGCGGAAUUGAGAGGAAGGGCUGGGUUAUUGGAUCAUUUGUUUGCACACAAUCAUGCAUUUCAUUCAGCCCAGAACAGGUCAGUGGUUCUUAUAAACACUCCCCCCCUCCAAAAAAAGGGGGGCCAGCUUGGAUUAAGGAGGCUGCAGACUUUUAGAGAAAGAAAGUAGCUAUUCUAACUCCUUUCUUUCUUUUUUUUAAUUAAAAGACAAAAGAAGCCUUGAAAAAAAAGACUUUAUUUUUCUAAGUGUUAAACUCAGUAUUUAUGUAAUUCUUAAAGGAAUUAAAGUCUGGCUCCUGUACAGUUUUCAUGGGGUUUGUAGUUGGGGCGGGGGGAAAUGGGCCAUGGGGCAGGGAUGAAAAAAAAAAGGAAAAGAAAGGGGCCUUUUUAAUUUGUAUUGUAAUAUUCUGAAAUUGUUUCCAUGAACAUUAGCGUUUAAACAUGUCUCUGUCUCUAGCACUUGAAUCAUGCUUUGGUGGAAAGGUUGCACCAGUGGGGAGGAGAGGGCUUAUACUAGGUGUGCAAAAAGUACUACCUGGAAGCCACAUGCAAUUGCAUCAGCAUUCCCUUUUUAGUGCCAGAGUCACACUCAGAAUAGAUGGAACUAAAGUGUUGGUCCUUUUGUCUGGUCUUGGUGCAAAGUGGAAAUCUUUAUCCCUAUGGAUGCUUAAGGCAUCCAUUUGCCAUUUAAAAUACCUUGCACCCCUUUCUAAAAUGGGCCAUGCCCCUCCCACUUUGGGAUGCAGAGAUCAAUAUGCCACACAAAUCCUGGGAUGGCCAUCAAAUCAACUGAAGUUGUGUAUACCACUUUUGUUUGCAUCUUCAGCUCACAUGGGCACAUUAUAAACAUGCUUUAAAUGUACAUUACAACCAAUUUGAAUUUACUGGUACUUCUCCAUCAGUAACUUCAAUAGUGAAGUUUUCAAGAAUGUGCAAAAGUAUCUCCUUGUUUUAACUCUCAUUCCUUUUUUAAUUAAAAUGCAGGUUUUUAAACAUCUUCAUUAGAUCAGUGAUAUUGGAAAGAAAGGCAGUUAAGGCAGAUGAAUGAUUACUUUUUGCCCUCUAGCCCAAAACUGAUACACACCUUAUGGCAAAAUAUUGCUUGAUUAACUGUCUUCUUCCAUUGCCAGCAAUAAUGGAAAAGUGAUUUGUAUUCAGUGAUGUCUAUCCUCUGAUGAAAACAUUUGUCAGCAGAAUAAAUCUUGUUGAACCAUUCGUCGUUGUUCCCUCCCUCCCCCAAUUCUGAUAUGGAGUAUUGAAGGAUUUGCCAUGCAAAUGGAAUUUUAUCUAUACAUUGAUAGCUGUUUUUUUUUGUAUGUAGAUUUUUUUUCCUCCAAGAAGGAAUUUCUCAGCCGAUUCUAGGAAGUUGUUUGGGAUAAAGGCACACCUGCAAAACAGUAAUUCUCUAAUCAUGUUGCUAAUUCAAAAAUCCUCUGCUGAAAUAGAGACGAGAGGCUAAAAUCAAGAAUUAUCUAUUUUUUAUGAUACUGUACUUAUUUUCUGAUUGGGGAUUCUACACUUGAUACUCAUCCUUCACCUCAAGGAAGUUCUCCCUCCUACAAAAAAAGCACCUGCAGGUUAAACGCUAAUGUUGCAUGUGAUUAAAGUGUUGAAUUGUAAGAACACUUAUCAGGGAUGAAAUGGCAUUUAUUGUGUGGUGACAUUUUUAGUUCACUUUACCGAUUGUUUUUGGGUUUUUUUGUGUGUGUGUGCACGUGCGUGCGCAUGUGUGCGCGUGUGUAUGUGUGCGCGUGAGUGGCUGUGUGUGUGUGGUUUGUUAAUUUCCAGGGUUGUGUUUCUGGAAGGAUGUGACAGUAAUCGCAGUACUAUGUACAGAGCUUUCUUUUGUAUUAAAAAAAAUAAUCUUUCAAUAAAUGUAUCAUUUUGUG